AUGAGAAAUUCGGAGGAAUCUUCAAAAACCCCAACCCGCCCUUUCUUCGUUCGCGAAGUCCGAGGGCCGGUGCUGCCCGCGAGGGCCUGGUGUGACCUACUCGACACACCUGCAUUCGGCAUCAGAAACAUCGGGGGACUCUCGUUCUGGUUUUCUUUCCUUCGGGAGGGACUACUGGCGCUUGAUGACCCUAUGGGAGAGUCGGUGCGGAGAUUGUUGCAAUACGCAGCAUACUGUGUUCUUGUCUUUCUUUUUUUCCCUUUCGGGAGGGAGGGAGAUGAGAGCGGUAUCAUUCGAUUCCGAUCAUUCUGGUGGGGAUGGCGCUUCAACUUUUUUCUCAGGUCAGUAUUUUGA